AUGACAGAAAAUGCAGUUAUCGCUACAGAGACACCCGUUCUCGUCCCACGUGAUGAAGAACAUGUGACUUCCACCACCAGUACUACUAAAGAAGAGAUUACUAACACUCUUAAUAAUAAAGAGGAUGAAGCUAAGGUCGAUGAAACUAAAGUCGAAGAGACAAAAGUCAAUGGAACUAAUGCCGAUGAAACUAAAACAGAUGAAACUAAAACAGAUGAAACUAAAACAGAUGAGACCAAAGCCGACGAGACAAAAACAGAUGAUAAUUCUAACGAGAUUAAAAAUGAACCUAUUUUCCCACCUAUUGAAAAACCAACAGUUCCUGCACCAAAACCUCCAAUCGAACCUGAUAUGAAUAAUUUACCACAAGAACCUAUUCCAAUACAUCAAAAGAAACACGCUUUGAUGGCUGUUAAAGCUGUGAAGCGUUUAAAAGAUGCAAAACCGUUCUUAAAUCCGGUCGAUAUCGUGGCACUAAAUAUUCCAUUUUAUUAUAAUUAUGUACCACAUCCAAUGGAUCUAUCAACAAUUGAAAAAAAAUUAAAUGUGGACGCAUACGAUUCACCUGAAAAGAUUAUUGAAGAUUUUAAUUUAAUGAUAACUAAUUCUAUACGAUUUAAUGGACCAACUGCAAUGAUUUCACAAAUGGCAAGAAAUAUUCAAGCAGCUUUUGAAAAACAUAUGUUAAAUAUGCCAGCUAAAGAUGCUCCUGUAAUAGUGAAAAAAUUUAGAAAAAAUAAAAAUGAUGAAGAUCAACCUGUGGUAAUUAGAAGAGCUCAAACUCAUAAUGGUAGACCAAAAAGAGAAAUUCAUCCACCAAAAUCAAAAGAUAUUUAUCCUUAUGAAAAUAAAAGACCUAAAUCAAAAAAAUUACAAAAUGCUUUCAAAUUUUGUAGUAAUAUCGUUAAAGAAUUAUCAAGUAAAAAAUACGCUUCAUUUAAUUAUCCAUUUUUAGAACCUGUUGACCCUGUUUCAAUGAAUAUCCCAACUUAUUUCGAUUAUGUUAAAGAUCCGAUGGAUUUAGGUACAAUCGCUACUAAAUUGAGUAAUUGGGAAUAUCAAACUAUCGAACAAUUUGAAACUGAUGUUCGUUUAGUGUUUAAGAAUUGUUAUGCUUUUAAUCCAGAUGGUACCAUUGUUAAUAUGAUGGGCCAUCGUCUAGAAGAAAUAUUUAAUAAUAGAUGGGCUGAUAGACCAGUUUACGAAGAAUCUGAAUCUGAAUCUGAAGCGGAUGAUGAAGAUAUAGAUGUUGAACCCUCCGAUGUUUCCGAUUCUGAUAUCGAUGAAACAUCAAUUACAAACCCUGCUAUUCAAUAUUUAGAAGAACAAUUAGCAAGAAUGAAAGUAGAACUACAAUUGUUAAAGAAACAAGAAUUAGAUAAAAUUAGAAAGGAUAGAAGAUUAGCUAGAGGUACCAAAAAACAAAGAGGCUCUAAGAAAGGUUCCAAAAAGAGAAGAACCUCCAAAUCAACAGGUGGACGUACAAAGAAAACUAAAUUACAACCUGUAGUCACUUAUGAUAUGAAACGUAUCAUAUCUGAACAUAUCAAUGAUUUAUCAGCAGAUAAUUUGAAUAAAGUUAUUAAGAUCGCUAUGCCAAAGAGAAAUAGUGACGAUGACGAGGUUGAAUUGGAUCUUGACACUUUGGAUAACGAAAAAUUGUUAACCAUUUAUAACUCUUUCUUCAGACAUUACAACGAAACAAAUGGUGACUCCAGAGUUAAUGGUGUCUCAGGACAUGAUACUUCGUCGUUGUCUCCAGGUAGUACUUUAAACGGUAACGGUAGAAAGAGAAGAGGUAAAGCCUUGAGUCAAGCUGAACAAUCUAAACAAAUCGAAAAAAUUAGAAACAAAUUGGCAUAUUUGGAUCAUGCAUCCCCAUUGAGUCAAAAUGCAUCACCUACAAGCAUGAUGUACAAUAAGGCACGUACAGCUUCAAUGGUAUCAUCGUCAUCUUCUUCGGAUGAUGAGGAAAGUGAGAGCGAAGAAGAGUAA